AUGAAGCAGCCUAUAGAAUUCAACAUUGCUGCGCGGAACGGGACGUGGAAUGCCUUUCGACUCAUCGACCUGGACACGAGGGAGGAUCAACGUUCCAGCGAGAGACAGUGGUCCGACGGCGGCGCGUGGCUCCAUAUCCCCGGGAGUGAAUACAUGUUUGGCCGCUUUGGUUUCGACGACGAUGGUGCCGCAGCUCGCUCGUUUCUCUUCUUCGCUACCAACACCAGCUUCGCGUGGACCGUUUUCGAGGGAUUGGAACCGGCCCUGGGGAAGGAAGAAACUCCAAGAGAGAGGUUAGAGCGCAAGCUACGGGAGGGCUUCGACUUCUCCGGACUCGACACACUUCGCGAGCUAUCUCGAGUGCCGGAGUACGGUAUAUCGUCUCUGUUCCCACCACCGCCGCCGCGGACCGAUUGUCUUGGCCCGUACAACCGGAGCGAUCAUGUCUUGAGGGCGCAAGAGAUCAACGCAAUCCGCGUGUAUCGAAAUGCCGAGGAGAUGAAGCUAGUUCUCCAUGGACGCGACCUGACCUUUAUCGGUCUGGGGACAACGAUUGGCGAGUUUAUCGAGCCUUGGACGGAGCCAUUGUACGACCUUGUGAACGAAAUGCUCCUGAGCUAUCUGCAGCGGACCGUCAUUCCACACUCUGCUGCCGUCGAAGUGUUAUUCCCUAGGCACAGAGAAGACGGGCAGUUGGAUGUUUGGUGCCACCGCCAUUUCAGACAGCCAGGCGCUCUGCCCAUACCCAGCUUCGACAGCGCCUACGUGAGCAGCCGAAUCGCAUCGUUCUUGUCUCGAUUCGGAGAUGUGCCUGUCGUGUUGGAGGACGAAUGCGUCGCGGGCAUCACGAGGGCGGUGGCCUACAUGCUUACCAGGGUAUUAGAUUUGGCUAACCGUCGUUCGAUCAAGGCCGGUGAGCACGCGGGGAUCAUGCCAACUGACGUCCGGAUGGCCGUCUACCAUGAUGCCCAGCUGCGUGAUCGCUUCCAGUUUUCAAGAGUUUACUGGGAGGGAAGGAUCGGCUCAAGCUCCCCGGAAUAA